AGUGUUCAUCACGAAUCAAAAUACUGCCGAACUGCUCUGUGUAAACAGAAGUUGAACUUGAAUCAAACAGAGAUGACCGAUGGUUAGUAUCAGUCGGAAAUUUACGAUACCACACCAGCGUCUCUCUAGGUCCACAGGAACUCGGCCCCAACGAUCAUUCUCCUCUACGACGCUCGUGUUGUUGAUCCUGACGUACAAUUCAUUUCUAAACAAGCACUCAGAACCUACAGGUGAUAGUUCUUUUUAUGUCCUGAAUUAGUGUUGAUUAUGUUUGAUUCUUCUUUUGCGUUGGAAGGACGGUUGUUUGUGACUCAUUCUCGGUAAACAAGACAAAAAUGGUUUUUUACCGUUUGUGUUUCUUGAAUUGUAAGGCUUAUGAGAUUAUAUCGUUGAUGUGUCACUAGACGUUCUCUGGUCCUCUUCGUAGCCUCGUUUCACAAGACAACGCAAUGGUCGACAUGAUGCACCGUCAAAACCCUAUUGCUGCGGGUCCUGCGGAUACGCCGUUGUUUGCAGCUGCGCCGAACAUCGCAGCAGAAUGGAUGUGUGUAUCCGAAACAAAUGGGUUUGUUACUUUUCCGAAGUGCAAUACCGUCAACAUAGCAAAACGAAGAAGGUGUAAGAAAUGUGGGAGUGAAAGGCCACCUGAGGAGAGGACGGAUUUUGCGAGGAAUAGCAGUACUCUUUUACUCACUAGUCUUGUUUUAGUGAAUGUCAUUAUCUACUUUAUCACGUUUGCUAAACAAAAUGGCUGUGACUUCUUCUCUAAGCUAAUCUAAACACGUUCACUUUUCCCAAGACUAAUUUAUCUCAACCUCCCCCAUUCACAGGUAUCUUCCGCAAAACCGAUUGGAAAUGUGGUCAAUGCUCAAAUAUCAACUGGGAAUGGCGCGCUAGUUGUAACAAGUGUGGCCAACUCAAGCCUUCAGUUAGUAUUGAGCUCUACAAGCAGCGCGAAGCAGCUAGAGCCUUGAGAAAGCCCGAAGAAGGUAGGGGUGGCGGCUACUACGACAGGCAGGACCCACUGGUAGGCAGAAUAGAGCACGACGAUGAGGGAGUAGACGACUUUGGAAGGAAAAAGAGGGAUCAAGAUCACGGCUUGGACGAUAGUAGACCGGUGAAAAGACAUAGAUGGUCUGCUGGAGGGCCUAGAGGAGAAGCGCCGACGAAUAAUACAAUAUCUUCGAACUCACACAGAGCAGACCCAGACGAGAUGGUGUUUACAUAUAAGAAUAAAGCUGCUUGUGGGGACGGUGAGGUUAGUGAAGGAGAUGGCACUCCGUCUGGUCGUGCAACUGCAGAUCAACAUCUUGAUAAGCCAGAUAGAUCUUCAGAGCCGGCUCAGGCAGGAAAGUCAGGGGAGGAAAAGCCGCAUCAAAGUGCUGAUGCAAUAAAGGAAGACAUAUUGAAAGGUUAUCAAGCGCAUAUAAACGUGGAGAAGAAAAAAUGAAAAGUAGUUUGCCCACCCUGUCUGAACUAAUGGAUUUUAGACGUCCCCUACAACCCGACCUCCCUCUUUACGCUCCCUUUCUUUACAUACUUCACAUAGCUUUAAGCAACGCGAGACUUUCGCAAGCCAAUUUCAACUUGACCACAUGAAACACGG